AUGGGUCCUCUCUGGAAAAUAAUUUCUGAAAGUGUUGGUAAUGAAGCGAGAUUUAAAUUUGCUGCACCAGAAGAUACUGUUGCUCUCUGGUUUUUAGAGGGGAAACAGUUGCAGCAAGAUGAGAUUUUCGAGUUCGGAACAGACGAAGAAAACUGGAUUCACUGGCUUGUAAUGAGAAAAGUUACUGAAGAUGACGUCGGGAAAAAGUUAUCGCUCGUCAUGGAUGAGAAAUUUAAGAAAUCGAAUGUUCCAGCUGAUGAUGCGUCGAAGAAAGAAUCGAAAUGGAAAAGAAAUGCUCAUGGUUAUUGGAACCAAUAA